UUGUACAGAGAAAUCCCUUAAUCUCAUCACUAUCUCUCUCUUACAAAGUUAUCUAUCUAUCUUACCUCUGGCUUCAUCACAAGCAACCAAGCUGUCUCUUGUUGGAUAUGUAGUUGGCUUGUUGGAAGCACAGAAGCACAGUCCUUUUUAACCCACCCCCCCUUAGGCCAUAAACGCCAGAUAAACCCACUCUUCUUUCUCUCUUUUAAUCUUUUGUUGUGUUUCUAUACUUAAGUGAGAGCUAUUAAGGACCUGAUGAUGAUGAUGAUGAUGAUGAUUAUAAAGCUGGUGGUGUUCGUGAGCUGUUGUUUCUCUCUCCCUUUCUCUUUCUCUUGUGAGACUGUGAGUUAGGUCCCAUUUAAUUUGAACUUUAAUUUCUUGUUUGUUUUUUGAACUUAUUUUUAUCAAUUCUUGCUAGUGCAAUUUAACUUGACCAAACUCUCGUGUCAGUUGAGAAAAUUAGGGCCAUAAAUUGCGGCGUUUGCCAUCAUUUUCCCGGAAAAAAACGUAUUAUAUCAGGGUGUUUAAGUUUAUAUUUGUGUUAGAUAUAUUUCUUAAUCAUUAUUAGUUUCGGUAUAAUCAGCAAAGCUCCAAGAUUUCAAACUUUAAUAUAAAGAACAGAUCAAGAAAGUAAAACAUAAAUUGACAUAGCUAGUAGUAUUACUAGUGUCUCAUGGAAUUAAGAGGUCAAGAAAAUGAUAUUAGAGCAUCACUUCCUUCAAGUUACAGUACUCAUCAUUCCUCAGGAGCAUCAGAAAGAAGAAGAGAUGGGAAUCACAAUGGCAACACAACCCUCACUUACACCCAAACCCUAGAUCACCCUAAUAGACAGCCAUCACUUACUCAAGCAAGAUCUCCGAACCCAGAUCGACUUUCUACCAUUUCAAAAGGAUCCAACUCCAAGACAUCCAAUGUCAGGUACCGAGAAUGUCUCAGGAACCACGCGGCCAGCGUUGGCGGCAACGUUUUCGACGGCUGUGGUGAGUUCAUGCCUGGAGGCGAAGAAGGUACCCUAGAAGCUUUAAAAUGUGCAGCUUGUGACUGCCAUCGUAACUUUCACCGCAAAGAAGUAGAUGGGGAGUCUCAAUUCAGUCCUAGUUCAAGAAGAAGCACUAUGGUUCAUAGUCUUCAGUUACCACCACCAUUGCCUUCUCCAACAGUACUGCAUCAUCAAAGAUACUCCAUGGGGUUGCACAAUAGUCCUACUGCGGCAAACAUGGUUCAACCUAUGACAGUGGCUUUUGGUGGAGGCGGCGGAGGAACUGAGUCCUCAAGUGAAGAUCUUAAUGCAUUCCAGUCAAAUGCUGAGGGAGUGCCGCCGCCGCCGCCUUAUGUUUUAUCCAGGAAAAGAUUUAGAACAAAAUUCACUCAAGAGCAGAAAGAUAGGAUGAUGGAGUUUGCAGAGAAGGUAGGGUGGAGGAUUAAUAAGCAAGAUGAAGAAGAAGUAGAGAAGUUUUGUGCAGAAGUUGGGGUGAAAAGGCAAGUCUUUAAAGUCUGGAUGCAUAAUAACAAGAAUUUGAAGAAGCAGCAGCAGCAGCAACAACAGGAGCAGGAGCUGGAGCAAGGGCAGGAGCCGCUUUGACAAAUCAAGAACCAUGGAUUAAUUUAAACGGGUUUUCUUUGAAGAUUUUAUUGCUUCGGAAAUAGAGGAAUAUCGGAGAAGAUGUAGAUAGUAAAAGCAUGGUUAGAAAUGAGAGGAAUGAGUAAAAGAAGAGCUGGGAUUAUUAUCUUGAUUCUUGAGAGUGAAAACUUGCAUCACAGAUUUGUAGAAUUCGCAGCAUGUUUUAGUUUUGCUUUCUUCUUCCUUUUUCUUUGUCACUGUUAGCUAGCGAAAAGCCUGCAUUGUUUCCAUUAGAGAAUAUUGGCACUUUCUCGAUUAUCUUUUUCUUAGGAAUUUCCUUCUCAAUUAUUUUCCUCCAUCUAAAUAUAAGGGAAGCAAACUUGAAAGUUGAAACGAAGAUGGUCAUUUGUCAGUA